UCCGCCCGCGGUUCACGCGUUGCAUCAUCUCCAGCCCGCCGCACCUCUAGGAAGGCUGGGCGCGGUGAACUCCGUUCUGCCCGUGGUUCCGUGGCUCCAGACCCAGCUCGCACUCCCGCGCCUUUCGCCGCCUUCCCCGCAUCUACCUCGGCGCUCAGGCCGGGCGACCCCGCGGGUCACACCUGGCAGACCUCGCUAGCUCUGCCUGUCUCCAUUCAUUGGGACAGCCCAGGCUUUCCCCCGAGCCCAAGUCCCCCGCCUCCUCCAGCUGGGAGCUGCGGUUACUGCCAUGGAGAAGAGCAGCGAGACCAACGGCUACCUCGACAGCGCCCAGGCGGGGCCUGCGUCAGGGCCCGGGGCGGCCGGGGAGUCGGCGGUACGCGCGCGGCGCUGCGCGGGCUUUCUGCGGCGCCACGCACUGGUGCUGCUCACGGUGUCCGGGGUGCUGGCGGGCGCGGGUCUGGGCGCGGGGCUGCGCGGGCUCGGGUUGAGCCGCACGCAGGUCACCUAUCUAGCCUUCCCGGGCGAGAUGCUGCUCCGCAUGCUGCGCAUGAUCAUCCUGCCGCUGGUGGUCUGCAGCCUGGUGUCGGGCGCCGCCUCCCUCGACGCCAGCUCCCUCGGGCGCCUGGGCGGGAUUGCUGUCGCCUACUUCGGCCUCACCACGCUGGGCGCCUCGGCGCUCGCUGUCGCUUUAGCCUUCAUCAUAAAGCCCGGGUCCGGCGCUCAGACCCUUCAGUCCAGCGACCUGGGGCUGGAGGAGUCGGGGCCGCCUCCCAUCCCCAAAGAGACGGUGGACUCUUUUCUCGACCUGGCCAGAAACCUGUUUCCCUCAAAUCUUGUGGUUGCAGCUUUUCGUACGUAUGCCACCGAUUACAGAGUUGUGACCCACAACACGAGCUCUGGGAAUGCCACUACAGAAAAGAUUCCUGUUGGCACCGAGAUCGAAGGGAUGAACAUUUUGGGCUUGGUCCUUUUUGCCCUGGUGUUAGGAGUAGCCCUAAAGAAACUGGGCUCGGAAGGAGAAGAGCUCAUCCGUUUCUUCAACGCCUUCAAUGAGGCGACAAUGGUGCUGGUGUCCUGGAUUAUGUGGUAUGUGCCUGUGGGCAUCAUGUUCCUGGUCGGAAGCAAAAUCGUGGAAAUGAAGGACAUCGUCGUGCUGGUGACCAGCCUGGGGAAAUAUAUCUUUGCAUCUAUCCUGGGCCACUUUAUUCAUGGAGGAAUUGUUCUGCCACUUAUUUAUUUUGCUUUUACACGAAAAAACCCAUUCAGAUUCCUGCUGGGCCUCCUCACACCAUUUGCAACCGCAUUUGCCACCUGCUCCAGCUCAGCAACACUCCCCUCUAUGAUGAAGUACAUUGAAGAAAACAAUGGUGUAGACAAGAGGAUUAGCAGGUUUAUUCUCCCCAUCGGGGCAACUGUGAACAUGGAUGGAGCAGCCAUCUUCCAGUGUGUGGCCGCUGUGUUCAUUGCCCAGCUGAACAACGUACAGCUGAACGCAGGACAGAUUUUCACGAUACUGGUGACCGCCACCGCAUCCAGUGUUGGAGCAGCAGGUGUGCCAGCUGGAGGAGUCCUCACCAUCGCCAUUAUCCUGGAGGCCAUCGGGCUGCCCACUCAUGACCUCUCUCUGAUCCUGGCUGUGGACUGGAUUGUGGACCGCACCACCACCGUGGUGAAUGUGGAAGGAGAUGCCCUGGGUGCAGGCAUCCUCCACCACCUGAACCAGAAGGCAAUGAAGAAGGGGGCUCAGGAACUGAGUGAGGUGAAAGUGGAAGCCAUUCCCAACUCCAAGUCCGAGGAGGAGACGUCCCCUCUGGUGACACACCAGAAUCCCACUGGCCCUGUGGCUAGUACCCCAGCAUACGAAUCCAAGGAGUCGGUCCUGUGAUGGGGACUGGCUUCAGGCUUGCCUGCCAGCGGAGGCACCCACCUUGUCAAUCCAGCCGCCAAACACGGGCCCUGCCCUUGCCGACUACCAACCUCCCAAGCGAUGCUUUGACCCAACAAUCAAUUUGAGUAUUACUUCUUGGCACAGGCAUCGGGCUUCCCAGCAAGAACUGGUUACCAAGGACCAGGACACUCUGAUAUUUGACUUGAUCCAUGUCCAGGUGCAAACGUGAACACUGGAGAUCUGUUUGGAAACAGCCCGUGGGGCUGCCAGGCUUGAGGAAAUACUGGACUCACGGGGAGGGAGCCAGCGGCUAAAGCUUGGAAACCUGCAGGUGUAGUUUUCAUUGCACCCAGUUAGCUCUACCUUAGGCAAACCUAGGGCUUUCUAGUCAUCUGUUGCAUUGCUUCAUGAGUGGUAUUAAUUGAAAAAAAUUCCCACAUUCUUAGCCUUGGCUAGAAUUCACUCAGCUGGGGCUCAGAUGUUUAAGGAGUUUAUACUACAACAAGGUGAGGUGGCUUCUGAUUCAUGGAUUGUUGGUGGGCUGGAGGUGCUGUACAUCGUCCAGUUAGAAAUACUCCAGGUGGGUGUUAGCACUGCUUGGGUCUCUGAUCAGUGGCUUAUUAAGGAAACAAUAUAAAUUCUCUCAUCAAAGAAGUGAGAGAGAGUAUAGCCUGAAGAGGGAGGGGAAGUGCCGUAAUCAGGAAUAAACACACACAAUUUUCUCCCUUUUCUGCCCGACGCUUGUGAAGUUUUCUGCUUCUAUGAGAUGGGCCUAUAACAACACUGUAGCUUUUAUCUCCAUCAAGUCUGAUUUGGCAACAGAAAAGAGAGGCCUCUUCCUCUGGGGUGGUUUGACGAGGUCAUCAUAUUCAGACCCAGGGCGGUUUAUCAGUGCAUUAUUUUAACCCCACUAGCCCUUCCUGAAAUGCUAUAUUGAAGCAACACACUCUCUCUCUCUCUCUCCCCCACCCCCCCCACAUACACACAAGCCACCCUAGUAAUUGAGGCAGGUGUCUCCACCCCCAGGCCCCCUGGCUUCAGCUGAUUUCCAUGGAACUUGGUUUCCUUUCCUGCUACUACAGCAAAGUAAAAAAUUAUAAGCAAAAUGGUCCACCUUCCUCCAGCUACUUGCCAAUUUGUUUUUUUUUACCCUUCCUCCCCCAAGAUUUGGUUUUAAGCUAGAUGAGGGGGCUUUUUGUAGAGAAGACUGUGUAUUUCCAGUGAGAAGGGAGACCUAAAGUGCAGUUGGCUGUUUCACUUGGCUGCUGGACCCUGCCCGCGGGAUGACCUUGGGCCCUCAUUUUACCCCAUUUGUAAGAUGGGGCUGAUGCCGCGUGCUCUUACCUACCUCAGAGGGAUUUGGUGAGGCAAACUGAGUGAAUCCAUGAAAGCAACCAUUUUGCUUCUUGACUAUCAAGUGCGAACACCCAUAUGCUCUUUUUUUUUUUUUUUUUUGUCCCAGUGAUAUCUUUCUCCGUGGAGGCCUCAUGCUCAUUGUAAAGGCACCUUUUUUGAGCGGGGCUUUUUUCUCUGCAUGCAUUUGCAAACUUGUGUACUGCCACUUGUUCUCUCCGCAGUUGUUUUAUAGCAUCAGAUGCAGUCUUUUCCUAAUGUCCCUCAAGUUUUGAUGACUCAACUACCCCACCUUCUGCCACAUUUCUGACUUUGCUGUGACUCCCAGAGCCAGGCACUGUUUUCUGCCACCACAUAAUGGACCAUUAAAGCCCCCGGAUUUUUAGCCUUACUUGUUUCCUGUUUUCCCUGUUGCUGAGUCUGCCAGGGCCCUGCAGAGGAAGUACACACCAUUACAAUAUGUUACCACUGCAGUGUGCAUGGAUGAGUGGGUCAGAGAUGACCAAGCUCUCCCCAUUUUAAAAUUGGAGGCCUGUGCCUGAGCAGAAGAGGUAGGGAAGAGCCAGGCAGGGCACCAAGCUGGCCCCUGGCCUGUGGGAAGCCCCAGCUCCCUCCAGCCCUGUUUAUACCAGCUAAGCCACUCCAUUCUCUUGCUAAGUCAGGAGUGAACAGCAAUUGAGCAGAGCAGUGCCCGGAAACUUUUACCCUGUGGCUAGAGCUUAUAACUAAUACCUUUCUCUUUUCAAAGGGGAAACAUGUUUUAAUUCCAAACUGCAAAUGAACAUUCACUGCUUUUCUGGCUUCAGUACAUCUCUUUCCUUCUUCCUUAUGUAUGGCUACACAUAUAUGUGAAAGUUUUAGCUCCAUAUGUAUAGUUUUAGCUCCAAUCCAAGCAAGUGUGAGUUUGGAUAGAGGUGCACUAAACUGCAAGUUGGAUGGCUUUGGUAUCCUGAUUUUCCCGUUUCUAAAGAUGAAUUUCUCAAAGGGUAGAGAUUAGAACUGGAAAAUAAGACCCACUGACUGGUCAUCCUAUAUUCCGACCUGCAAACGCGGCAGGAAUGCUGGGUUCUGGAGGAGGGUGCCUCUGUAUAAAUUCAGGUCAUCGGUCCCCUUUCCCUUGGGAGGCCAGAAGAGGAGGGGAGGAGGUGCCAAGUCCACUAGAGGAAUCAGUAGAACCAGGAGAAUCUCAAGCGGGGAAUAUUCCACUUUCUCAGUGUCUGAAAACAUCUCCCCUGGUAUUCUCUUUCUAACAUGUUGUCAUAAAUACUGUUCAAAUCCUGUUCAUCUCUGUUUUGUAUGUGUGACACUUGCCUUAAAAUGUAGCCUAGUCCUCAAAAAUUAAUUCCCUAUUUCUACUGGGAUCUGCAUGUUCCUUUAAUCCUUUCUUGUGUUUGGAAAUGUCAUUUAUUAAUAGAGCCAUUGCUCUUCUGGGGUUGGC